UUUUGUUUUCGCAGCAACACAAUCAAUGUUUUUUCUCCGGCAACCAUUGCGGGGACUGUGCUGUCGUAAAUUGUUCUCUAGUCACUCCAUCUCUGACCGGCGAUAUCUUCUCACUCUCGCCAUCGAAUCGUCAUGCGAUGACACAUCCGUGGCCAUUGUCGAGAAGCAUGGCAAGCUGUCAUCGUCAUCGUCGUCAUCGUCGUCAAUCCCCGCCAGCUCUACCGUCCAUUUCCUGGAAAACAUCACAGCGGACUCGAGGAAAUACCACGGCAUCCACCCUGUCGUGGCUCUUGAUUCCCACCAGGAGCAUACAGCAAAGCUGGUCAAUAAGUCUUUGACGUAUUUGCCUGCAGCUAAGCUUACGGGCGCGAAUGAUGCGGGACGGAUAAUCAGCCUUGCCUCCUCUGCCGCCCGUGGGGACGGGCCGCUAUUACGAAGGAAGCCUGAUUUCAUCUCAGUUACAAGGGGCCCAGGAAUGCGAUCGAAUCUAUCCGUGGGUCUGGAUACGGCUAAGGGACUCUCGGUGGCCUGGCAGGUUCCCAUUGUCGGCGUGCAUCAUAUGCAAGCACACCUUCUUACACCCCGCUUGGCAGUUUCUCUCCAGCAACGACAGCAUGGCGAAACAACAGCUAGAGAGAAGCCAGAUACAGGAACUAGCAGUAGGCCGAAUUUCCCGUUCAUGUCCAUUCUUGUAUCUGGAGGACACACGCUGCUUGUACUCUCGAGGUCAAUAGUGGAUCAUGAGAUACUCGCUUCCACAUCUGACAUUGCCAUUGGAGAUGCUCUGGAUAAACUUGCCAGAUCUCUUCUGCCCCAGUCGUUCCUGGAGCAGUCGAAUACUACGAUGUACGGAAAAAUGUUGGAAACAUUUGCGUUCCCCGAUGGCCCUAGCGAUUACGCAGACUACCAACCUCCACGAACACGAAUGGAGGAAGUCAUGAAAUCGAAGGAUAAUCGGUGGGGAUGGUCACUUCCCAUGCCGUUUGCCAAUACCAGAAAGUUGGAAUUUAGUUUUUCAGGGGUCGCAUCUCAGGCUCAAACUAUUAUCUCCAACAAACGAGAUCCAUGGCAAGCUGCGGGCAAUACCGGAGAUGGCUUCAUGUCAAAUGACGAGAGGAUGGAUAUCGCGCGUACCUUUAUGACAGUGUGUUUCGAACAUCUAGCGUCUCGGACAAUGAUUGCUCUGCAAAACUUACGCGAACAACAACAGCAAGGACAAAGGGAACAGCGGCAAGACCAAACAUGCGAAAGUCAAAAGUUUGAGGAUGUGAAACACCUUGUCAUUAGCGGAGGAGUUGGUGCUAAUCGGUUCUUGAGGAGGCUGUUCCGUUCUUUUCUCGACAUUCGUGGAUUUUCAGAUGUCGAUGUUAUUGCUCCGCCGCCCUAUCUUUGCACUGACAAUGCCGCGAUGAUUGGGUGGGCGGGGAUUGAAAUGUUUGAAGCUGGGUGGCGCUCCGAUCUUCUAUGUCGGCCAUUACGGAAAUGGUCUCUUGACGCUCGUGCUGAGGAUGGCGGUAUAUUAGGGCCGGGAGAUUGGAUAAAAUCCGGCUCCAUCUAACACCCUCAAGGAAAAAGAGAAAGAAAUCAUUACUGGGGAUAAAUUCACAGAUGAAUGCCUCUUUUCUUUGUUCCAACCCGUUUCGUUCCAUUUCUUGAGUUGUGCGUUUUGGAUAUGGAAAAAGAGACUUUAUAAAGGUAUAAGGCUGUAUAAAAACGCAAGGAAAUACAUUGGGAAGCUGGAAUACUGGAAAGUUGGUAAGAAGGAGAAAGGACAACUCAUAAGGAACUAAAACGGAAAACAUACGGAUCAAAACCAAUGAAAAUCGUCUAAAAAUUCAACAAAGGAAAAAAAUGAAACGAUAUUAGGAGAAACGCAUCAGUGCGUUGACAGACAAAAUCCCACGACUCGGCACAUACUCCUUUAACAAUACCCCUUCAUAUGUUUUUUAAUCUUGGGCAAUAGCCCAAGAGAUGGCCACAUAUGUAUGCAUCUUGACUCAAAUUAAUAACCGAAGAGAAAAUGAAGAGAAAAGAGGGAAAAAA